CUUAUUGGUAUCUCCUUUGUAGCGGGCAAAUAUGCUUGCGUUAUGACAUCUUUACGCACAUAUGAAUAAUUGCAGCCUGUGAUUCAUUUUUUGUCGACAGUCGACUUCCAACCUUCAAAAAUAUGUCGGGAACCGCUAUGGAAAGGAAACUUGUCUGGAAAAUUGACCUUAUUUUAAUGCCAGUUCUAACUGUAGCAUAUGGACUUCAAUUUUACGAUAAAGCCGUUCUGGGUUCAGCAUCAGUUUUUGGAAUCAUUGAAGACUUGCACCUGUCCACAAAGCACAACGGAGUCACUUCUACCCAACGGUAUUCUACUGCUAAUGCUGCUUUUUAUUACGGAUAUAUUGUGGGAGUCCUUCCAAUUGCACUCAUCCUGCAGCGGGUUCCCCUUGUAAAGAUUCUAUCCGCAUUCAUCUUCCUUUGGGGAGUCAUCUGUAUGCUCACCGUCGUCGUGACGAGCUAUACCGGCUUGGUCGUACAAAGGACUUUCCUAGGUAUAGUCGAGUCUGCAGUAUCCCCGGGAUUCAUCGCGAUAACGGCACUGUGGUAUACGAAGAAAGAACAAACGGCGAGGCUUGGUAUAUGGUACAGCGCUACGGGGAUAUUCAGCAUGUUCUCAGGGCUAAUUAACUACGGCCUUGGGCACGCUUCAGGAAAGCUGGCAACAUGGAAAUACAUGUACCUAUUUGCCGGCUCUUGGACUAUCCUAUGGUCGCUCGUCGUCCUUCUAGUAAUACCGACCUCACCAAACGAACCCGGCCGAUGGUUCACGGAAGAAGAAAAAUAUCUGUUAAAGCAGCGUUUGGCUUCCAAUAUGACAGGAAAAGAUCAGACACGGUGGAAAUGGGAUCAAUUCAUGGAAUCCAUCAAAGAUAUCAAGCUCUGGAUAUUCCUGCUCUGCGCCUCAGCUAUAUACGUGUGUAACGGUGGCGUCACUGCGUUCGGAGCGCGAAUCAUCACCUCGUUUGGUUACAGCUCAUUGAAUGCCAUACUUCUCCAGAUACCUGGUGGCGCAAUGACUUGUCUCACUAUCUGGAUAUCUGGAUGGUUUGCUGGGCGUUACAAGAACAUCCGCACCUAUCUUUUGCCGAUCACCUGUUGGCCAAUAAUCACCGGCGCCAUCAUGGUAUGGAAAGGAUCUUGGAUACACAGGGCUCUGCCACUGUGGGGAUAUUACCUCGUAGCGUCCUUUGGUGCCCCUUAUGUCCUGAUUCUGUCUUUAGCUGCUGCAAAUGUUGCAGGGGGGACGAAGAAAGCUGCCUGCAGUGGUAUGAUUUUCAUUGGUUAUAAUGUUGGUAACAUCAUAGGAGGAUACAUUGUUUUGACUCCCGAAGCCCACGUCCACUAUAAAUCCACUUGGAUAGCUAUCAUCGUAUGCAUGUGCUUUGUGUCUGUCUCAUCACUCGUGCUGCGAUACAUUUUGAAUGCCGAGAAUAGAAGGCGGGAUGAUCUCCUCACGUCGUCCUACAUUCCAUCAGCCUCACAGAAGAACGACAACAAGACUUCAAAGGCGGAGGGUCAGGAAAAGAAAGAUGACAAGUUCGCUUUUGCAGACCUGACGGACUUCCAGCAGAAGGACUUCAGAUAUGUUCUUUGAACAUACUUUCACAUAUUAAUUGCUCUACAAGUAUGUUUGUAGAAUCAUCUAUAUUUUCUUCAUUUCCAGGGAUUAGGAAUAUUGUUCCAUAUACCGGUUUUCCAUAUUCUCAACUUUUAUUUCCUGAGGAAUAUUGAAUCUAUGCCGCCCGGUAGAACAAAACAGCACGGCAAAUUACAAUCGAUAGGACAUAUAGGUGCCGAAGGCGUAUUAAUAUAAGCAUAUGUUACU